UCGCACUCCACAUCAGUCCAGGCGAUCCCGGGGCGGAGCUGCGCUGUAGAGCUCGUAAUUUAGACGCUUUGGAUGCUCGCUUGCAGUAACACAGUCGUGCCAUCUUCGAGGGUUGUUUUUUUUUUUUUAGAGACAGAAGUUCACCUUUUGUGAUUGUUCGCCAUGGGAGCAGAGAGCUCAGCGCAGCGGGACGGGAAGAGCCAGGAGGAUGCCUCCGCUUCAACUUCAGCCUCCGCCGGGGAGCUGAGUGCGGAGGUGCACGCGCUCCAGGUGGGAAGCACCGCCCUUGACAGCAAGCCUUUGGAGAAAAAUGGACAAAUCUCCAGCACGACCAGUCUGAAUGGACACUCAGAGGACAACACGCUGGCAGAAGUUGGCCAGCCAGAUGGUGUAGCUCAGAAGGAGGAGGCUUCUGACACUAUGGACACCAUCCAGGGUGACGUGGCUCCUCAAGUGAACAGUGAGAAAGUGGAGAAAGAGUCUCCUGAUGCCAAUGACAUCUCUGCUAUUGAGGAGAAAGCAGCGGAGGAGAAACCUGAUGAUGCCAGUGAAGUGGGCUUCAAGAAGAUCUUCCGCUUUGUGGGCUUUAAGUUCACACUGAAGAAGGACAAAAGUGAGGAGAAAGAUCCUGUGAAGCUCCUGACAGUCAAAGAUAAAGGAGAGAAGGAGGAGGUUAGUGGGACUGAUGAACCUACAAAGGAGGAAGAGGCUGCUGCCACUGUUGAGGAGAAAAGCACAACUGAAGAAAAGGAGGCUGAUACAGUGGAAUCUACUGAUGAGGCCAAAGUCAGUAAAGAAGACCAAGCUGAAACCACUGAUGCCCCGGCUGAAGUCCCUGCAGCUGAAGCUAUUGAUGAAGCAGUCAAGGAGGAAGGAGCUGAGAAGGAAGGAGAGACCGCCCUGUCCCCCUUCAGGAAGCUCUUCAGUGGAGGACUCUUCUCUAACCUGAGAAAGAAAGCCAGCAUCAAAAAGACAAAAGAUGAGGAAGACAAGGAGGUAGGUGUUGAGAAGGAAACGGCUAAGACAGAAGAAACUGCUGCUGUUGUGGAAGAAAAGGAGGAGAAGGAUGAGGUGGAGCAAGAAACUAAGGAGGAGGCACCAGCAACUCCAGAGGAAGUGAAAUCAGAGACUACCCCAGAGCCAGAGGUCACUGUUGAAACCCCUGCCGCAGCAACUACUGAGGAGACCAAACAAGAAGGGGAAAAGGCUGAAUCUAGUGCAGAAGAGGAGAAGGCUCCAGCAGAGGUGACCUCUGAGGCUGAGCUGCUGUCAUCACAGGAGAAGGCUAAGCCCCAGGGUAGCCCCCUGAAGAAGCUUUUUGCUGGAGCUGGCUUGAAGAAGCUCUCAACUAAGAAACAAAAGACCAGGAAAGACACUGAGACAAAGCUUACUGAGUCUGGGGAGCAGGCGUCUGAGCAGCUUCAAUCCUCCACAGAGUCAGCAGAGGCUCCAAAAACUGACAGUGGGCCCUCAUCUCCCGAGGAGUCAGGAGAGCAUGUUAUUGUUGUGGAGGUGACCCAGAAUGAGUCUAGCCAAGAGACUGAUGGUGAAGUUGUCUCUGAUGGAGAAAAGAAAAAAGAGGGUAUCAUUGCCUGGUCCUCCUUCAAGAAACUAGUAACACCCAAGAAGCGUGUAAAAAGGUCUUCUGAAAGCGAAGAUGAAGCCACAGGUGAGAAACCAGCAAAGUCAGCCACCCUGUCCUCUUCUGAGAGUGCCCCGUUAGCAGAUAAGAGUGUUGAGGAGGAGGAUAAGGAGGAUAAGCCAACUGAGGAAGAGCCAAAGACUGAAAACACUGAGAAACUGGUCAGCAGCACUGAGGAGCCCAAAAAGAAAAUGGACACCUCUGUCUCCUGGGAGGCUCUCAUGUGUAUGGGUGGACCCAAAAAGAGGACUAGGAGGACCUCUGAUUCUGACGAUGAAGAAACCAAGGUUGAAGAGGAGUCAACAGCAGCAGCAGCAGUAGAAGGGGAGCAGGAGGGCAAAACUGAGGCUGCCAUUGUCACCUCCCAAAACACAGAGAGUGAUGGAGAAUUAGUUUCCUCCACUGAACCUUUAAGCACCCCCCCUGAUAGAGAGUCCACCUGGGACACACUGAAACGCAUGGUUAUGCCAAAGAAUAAAGCCAAAAAUGAGGAAAAGCCUGAGGAGACUCCAGAACAAUCCCAGUCAGACAGUGAAGCACCAAAAGAUGAGUCGUCAUUCUCAUUGAGGAAGCUCUUCCCUGGACGCAGAAAGAAGAAGACUGAAAAACAAGCCUCCACUGAACAAGGCUCAGGUGAGGAGGACUCUGACACCCCAGCUGUGGUUCCUCUCUCAGAGUAUGAUGACCAAGUUACAGCUGAACAGGAAGCACCAGCAGAACCGGCUGAAGUCCAGAUUAAAGAAUCCGCUGAAGAUAGAUCCCCUUCCUGGAUCCCAGCCACUGUUGAAGAUGGUGAUGAUCAACAUGAUCAGCUGAGUGACAUUCCAGAGGAGGCUGAGAAUGCGGCCACGCCAAAGUCUGUUGACACUGACAUUGCAGAGGAUGAAACAGAAGCCAAGGAUUUGUCCCUUAAAGCUCCCAAAAGCGCAGAGCGCAGACUGUCCACGGCUGAGGUGAAGCCUGUCGCUCCAGCUCCAUCUGCAAAUACUGUUCCAGUUCCUCAGGGACCCAAGCCAGAGAGCGCAGAGGAGGUUAUUGAGGGCGUAGAGGCUCAAAUUAGUGAAAUUCCACCCCAGACCAAUGUAACUGUUGAAGAUGUACCAGUAGAGGUAGUUUCUGAGAAAAUCGAGAGUGAACCACCAACUGAGAAUGCAGAGUCAAAGACAAUAACUAUCCUGACGCCACACGCUCGUGACGAGGCCAUGGCUAUCUGCACUGGCCUAGACACCAAGGAGAUUGCCGAAGUAGCUCUGGAGAAACCUGUAAUGCCCAUCGUAGCAUAUGUGGCUGUGAUCCAUGAUGCUGUAAGCACAGAGGUGUCAGUGGAAGAGAAUACAGCAAGUACAGAGGCCAUUGCUACAGAAGAUCCAGUGCUCAACGCCCUAGUGCACCAAGUAGAAACCACCAAGUUUGAGCCUGUUGUUGAAAGUUCACAGGGUGGAUUAUUAGACAUUCAAGCAGCCAAGGAGAACCGUGAAACCGAGAUUGAGAGGGCUAGAAUUGUCAGCACUGUUCAGGAAGAGGCGGAAAUCAUUCAGCCUACCACCAUGAGCCAGAACUGUAUUAAUGCUGUUAUAGUCGAUCCCAUUACACCAACAUCUGAACCAGAUGUUUGCACCCAGAGCAUAGAAGUCACUGAGCCAACUAUAGAAACCAAGGAAGUGCAAAUGGAUGUGGAACAGCUUGCUGCCACUGAAGAAAAUACUGUAAAAGAGGUAGCUCAGUAUGUGACCGAAGAGAGAGCCUCCACCGUAUGUGAAACCACAAAGACCACCAACACAGAGGAGACUGAGCCAGCCAUCCUUGUUGUACCAAGCGAGGAGGUUUCUGUUAUCACUGAGACAGUUGUCCUUGUGGCCCCAGUCAGUGCGGCAACACCACCCAUGGCGACCAUAGAAAAUGCACCACUGUCAGAGUCAGUCCAGGUGCAGGAAACCAAGGAGGAGGAGACCGUUGAAGAGACUGUGGAGGCCACUACUGUUCAAGCAGCAGAGUCAGAGAUCAACUUAGGCACUGAGCAGUCCAGCGAGAAGAUGGAGGAAAUCAAGGAUGUCCAACAGACCAGUGAAAUUGAGGCUCAGAGCAUAGUCAUUGCCCAGGCUGUCAUUCAGGAUGCCAUGGAUAAAGUUUCAGAAGACACCCCUGAAUCCAAAAAGCCCACCACCCCGACACCAGUCCAGGCUGUGGCAACAACAGAGAAAGAGAUUGAAAUCACAACAGAGGGCCCCGUUAUCACUGAAACCCCUGUUGCUGUCUGCGAAAAAGCAGCACCAAAGUCACCUCAGCAGCUCUGUGUUGCCAUGGAGGUCAUUGACACAAUCCCAGUCGAGGUCACAGAGAGCAUUGAUGCCUCUGUAGAGCAGCAGAAACCAGAAGAAGGGUUGAACAAAGCUGUGGAGGUAAACAUAAGUGAAGAAACUGUCGUAUUGGAAGAAGUAGUGGAGAUAAAGACAGCGAGUCAGAUAGGUGAGGACCUCGAACAGGUCAGGGAAGAACAGAGCAAAGAAGAUGCAGAGGAUCAGAAACCAGAUGUAAAAGAAGCAGCUGAGGAAGUGGAACCACAAUCGGAGGAAACAAAGGCAGAGACCCCUUCAGAAGAGAACAAAGAGAAAGUGCUUGAAAUCCACAUGCCAGUCCAAAUGGUCCUGCAGACGGCACAGGUGUUUGAGGAACCGUCAGUGGAAGAAGAGGCCGUGGAAGAGUUUGUCAGCAACGGCCCUGUGGCAGAAGACACUGAGGUAAAAGCUAAGAUCGCUGCAUCUGAAAACAAACUCUCAACGCUGUCAGAAGAACCGCAAGGGACGGCUUCAGCAGAGGUUUCCUCUCCCAGCCAAGUCACAGAGGCAGAGACACCAGAGACACCAUCGGGAAAGUGCGCAGAAGUGAUGGCGCAGGUGAUCGAAGUGAUCGAGGAGGCUGUGAAGGAGAUCGAGCCUGUGUCCACAGAGAUCACAGCGGCAUCAUGAGCAGCUGAAGAUACAAGACUGAUGCCUGGGAGACGCACUGGUUGGAUCAGGAAGUAUGUGAUGAGGGGAGAGAGAGAGAGAGAGAGAGAGAGAGAGAGAGAGAGAGAGAGGCUGCUCUGUGGUAACACACUGAUACUGGGCCCAUCCUGCCCAGAGAGACUGAAUGACCUCCACCUCCCCUUCCACCUGUACUCCAACCACAUUCUGCAGCCCUGUCACCCCAAUGUGACGUCCCACCGCCAUAUCCUCACCCGCUUACUCGCUCUCUCACACACACACACACACACA